AUGACAUUCUCUCUCAUUCGCCGAUCAAUUCUCUCGGCUACUGCAUCCCGCAGCGCCAUCCGGCCAUUUUCCACAGGGCGCGCCUUGCGCCAGAGCGAUGACAAGCCCAUGCCAUUCUCCGAUUCCCCGGCUCCUCCUCGCCUCCCGAAGGAAGAACAGGAGAUCUUCGAGCAGCUCCAGAAGCGUUCAACCGGUGCAUUCAGCACACCCCAAGUCAACCAGUCCCCGCAGGCAGAAAUCCAAGCCGAUGGCAGUGGUGGCGAGCUCCACCCCGAUGCGCCGAAGGGACUGAAGCCCGAGUUUGAGGGCGAGAAGAACCCGAAGACUGGUGAAGUUGGUGGACCGAAAAAUGAGCCUCUGCGCUGGGGCUCCAGGGGUGAUUGGAGUUACGGAGGUCGUGUCACAGAUUUCUAA